GUGUUAUUUUGACUCUGCAAAAAAGGGGUUUUAGAGCGAGAAAAUCGCUAAUGCGAAGAGCGUUUUUCCGUCAACUUUUCCGUAACUGAAACCGCGAUCUUUUAGGCGAUGUUUGGGUAUUACUAGUACUACUACUACUACUACUACGUAGUGGGAAUCGUACUCCACCGGAGUUGAGUUGAGAUUUUUGUUUUCUUGUUUCAAUCUCAGAUUCGUAAUUUCCUUUUAACUCCAGAUUCCUCUUACAUACAUACAUACGUACAUUGUGUCCGUUCGUUCUACUUGCGGUCGCGGUGUGGAGAGGCUUUGCAGCUCAAGACUCGGAACGGUUUCUUCCCAACUUCUGCAGUUUCAUGGUGAAAAGCACUGAAAUAUUACAUGUACUUGAGUAUGGAUAUGAUGCUGGCAGUGUUCUGACGAUUUUGAUGUAUUUCUUUAGCUUUAGUGUUGAAGAGAUGGUGAGUGCUCGCGGGUUCUUGCUGUGAUUUUCGGUUUUAAGAGCGUUUGUUGAACAAGGAGUGGAGUUCUUUCUGUUGUUUAGAGAGCAGAGUUUACAAAUAUAUUUAUAUAUAUAUAUAUAUAUAUAGAGAGAGAGAGAGAGAGAGAGAAGGAGGAGGAAAUAUGAAGGAGGUGGCGGAGAAAAGUUUGGAUUCGGAGCUGUGGCACGCGUGCGCCGGAGGCAUGGUUCAAAUGCCGCCGGUGAAUUCCAAAGUAUUCUAUUUUCCCCAAGGCCAUGCCGAGCAUACUCUCACAAGUGUGGACUUCGGGACGUUGCCCAGAAUUCCGCCUCUGAUUCUCUGCAGGGUUGCUUCGGUUAAGUUCUUGGCCGACCCUGAAACAGAUGAAGUCUACACGAAGAUUGGGAUGAUUCCAGUUGGGAAGAACGAGCAUGGUUUCGAUGAUGAUCGAGUUUUGGGAAGUAAUAGAUCUGAAUCCAGUGAGAAACCCACUUCUUUCGCGAAGACGCUGACCCAAUCCGAUGCCAACAAUGGUGGGGGUUUCUCUGUCCCUAGAUACUGCGCUGAGACUAUCUUCCCGCGUCUGGAUUACACUGCCGAUCCACCGGUGCAGAAUGUGAUUGCUAAAGAUGUUCAUGGUGAGACUUGGAAGUUUAGGCAUAUCUACAGAGGGACGCCGAGGAGGCAUUUGUUAACAACUGGAUGGAGUACUUUUGUGAAUCAGAAGAAGCUCGUCGCUGGAGACUCAAUUGUCUUCUUGCGAGCGGAAAAUGGAGAUCUUUGUGUUGGCAUCCGGAGAGCGAAGAAGGGUGGCGGAAUUGGUGCUAAUGAGUCCUCAUCUGUGUGGAACUCUGGCUGUGCCGGUGGAUUUUCUGCAUUUCUGGAGGAUGAGAACAAGUUGAUGCAUAGAAGUUUUGGGAAUGGAAAUCUGAGGGACAGGGGAAGAGUGAGACCUGAAUCCGUCGUUGAGGCUGCUUUCUUGGCAGCCAACAGCCAGCCUUUUGAGGUGGUUUAUUAUCCACGUGCAAGCACACCGGAGUUCUGUGUGAAGGCCUCGUCUGUCAGUGCGGCCAUGAGGAUCCAGUGGUGCUCUGGCAUGAGGUUCAAGAUGGCAUUUGAAACCGAGGAUUCAUCCAGAAUUAGCUGGUUUAUGGGGACUAUAGCGGCUGUUCAGGUUGCUGAUCCCAUUCGGUGGCCUAAUUCUCCAUGGAGACUACUUCAGGUGACAUGGGAUGAACCAGAUCUGCUGCAAAAUGUGAAAUGUGUCAAUCCGUGGCUGGUUGAAAUGGUAUCGAAUAUGCCAGUCCUCCAUCUCUCACCCUUCUCACCUCCAAGGAAGAAGUUGCGUUUACCACAUCAUACAGACUUCCCACUUGACGGCCAAUUUCCAAUGCCGUCAUUUUCAGGCAACCCCCUUGGCCCAAGCAGUCCCUUGUGUUGUCUAUCUGACAACAUUACUGUAGGCAUACAGGGAGCCAGGCAUGCUCAAAUUGGAGUCCCGUUUUCGGAUCUCCACUUUAGCAAUAAACUUCAGAUGGGACUGUUACCGGCCAGUUUCCUGCGGCUUGAUCCUCAUGCUAAAGUUGUUGAUGGUACAGCUCGGGGCAACAUGGAUGGUAAUGAGAAUAUAUCUUGUCUAUUAAGCAUGGGUAAUUCCAGUCAAAAAUCGGAGAAAACUGAUGGUGCGAAGACACCCCUAUUCGUCCUCUUUGGUCAGCCAAUACUCACAGAGCAGCAGAUGUCUGUUGAUCAGUCCUUGGCAUUAGGAAGGAGUUCCUCAGGUGGUACACCAAGCAAGAUCGAGAGUUCUGCUCCUGCCCCGAAAAGUUUGUCUACUGCCCAGUUUUUCUGGAAACAAAGCCAUCAUGCUACUGAACUCACCCUGGAUACUGGUCACUGCAAAGUAUUCUUGGAGUCGGAAGAUGUGGGUCGAACUCUUGAUCUCUCUGUGCUUGGAUCAUACGAAGAGCUAUACAAAAAGCUAGAACACAUGUUCGGGAUAGAAAGAUUGGAGAUGUUGAGCCAUUUGUCGUAUUGUGAUGCUACUGGUGCUGUUAAACAAGCUGGAGAAGAACCAUUCAGUGAGUUCAUGAAGUCUGCUAAGAGAUUGACAAUUCUUAUGAAACCGAGCAGCAACAAUGCUGAACGGAAAUUGAUCACCGGUUUGCCCACUGCUGAACGUGGACUUAAUUCUUCAAAACAAGCAGGACCCAUGAGCAUAUUCGCAUAGCACGAGCUUUCAAGUCAAUGCAUGACACCAUUGACCAACCUCUAAGGAACUGUGGUUCGUCCGGUUAGGUAGAACUUGUGUAUGUGUGACAUAUGAAUAGAUGUCCAUAAUUCCGCACACUUCUAGCACUAAGCAGUGUAGCUGGAUGUAUAGAUCAGUGCAUGCCCCCCCCCC